AUGGGUGAGCUUGUAAAUGCUGCAAGAACAUUAGGUGAAACAGGAAAUUUUGUAGAUGGUUUUAAAAGACUUGUUUCAAAUGUUUUAACAAACACAAAGAAAUUAUUUAGAUAUACCAUACAUAACGGACGGAUUUUCGAACAGGUAGCAACAAACCCUCCGGUUAUGGCUGCGUUGAUGAUGGUUAGAGAUAUAAAACCACGUAACGACGGGAACGAAGAACAUGAACAACAGAGCCCAACGGGCUCAGAGCCACAUAGUGGCGAGGAUACUGGUCGGGUUAUUCAAGACAUUAAAAACGUGUAUCCUGAAGUUAUUGAUUUAUUUAGAGGAGUUAAUGAUUCAAUUUCAAAACAUUCUAUAACCCUCGAUGAAGAGAAUAAAUUAACAGAUUAUAUAUUCGUCAUUAUUGCAGAAUUAAUGAAGAGAAUAAAUGAAAAAGGAAUUGGUGAUAUCAUUAAUGUCAGCGAUGUAAUGAUGAAAAGAAAUUUUGACUCAUUAUUUACAAAACCGAAAACAGAAUAUAGUCUUUAUGACGUAAUUACCGAAUUAAUGAAAAAGAUUAAUGAUAAUAAGAGUUCUGGCGGAAGAGUUGAAUUAGAAGUGAAUGAUGUUAAUGAGAAAUUAGCCGAAAAAGCAGAUAAAAACCACGUUCAUUAUAUAACUUCAGACGAACAGAUUAUAACGGACUACCAUGGAUAUUUAACACGAAGUGAUGAAGCGAAGACAAAAAAUGUUAAUGAAAGAAGAUAUAAAUACAUUCGUGCUAAAGGUUAUGACAUAAGCUGUACUGUACAGUAUGAUGUAGCUAAAGCACCAGAAGCAUUUGGUUAUACCG